UGCUGCUCUCUCAGCGGAGGGAAAAGCCGUGAAUCAGGAGAACGGCGCUGAAGGAAGAAAGGCAGGAGGUCACAUGAGAUUCUUGAGGAGAUCCGAUGUGUGAUUAGUCGUGGAGUUUUGGUUUACGCUUCCUCCGUCUGUGUGUGACGGCGAACACACACGUGUGCACAGGUAGACGCUGACCGGAGGACAGAAUAAGAGUGUGAGGAACAGAUUUUCACCAGCAUGUGUUUUCCCAAAGAAACUCGUGCAGGAGUCGGUUUCCAGGCACCCAUCGUUCCCCUCUCCCCCAUCAGUGCCUCAUGACCCCAACGUGGUGGGAGACAGCGCCCCUCCUGACGGGACCCCGUCUCUGACCUCGGACUCCGCGCCAGGGAGGUCGACGCGAGGCCGGAGUUCUGGUCCUUAUUCGGAAAAGCCGGUUCCGUCUGGAGAAAGCGAUCCGAACCCAACCGUCUCCAGCGUGAUCAGACCAGACAUGACUCUCAUCAGCAGCAUGCUGACGGCCUACACCUACAUCACAGAGCACCCAGAGGGAUGUGCGCUGUUUUUCAUGUGCGGUGUGUGUGCGGGUCUGUUCCUCACACUCUUCGCGCUGGUGGUUCAGAUUUCCUGCCGUACAGACUGUAAACGUCAUCACAGCGUCGCUAAGAAGCGGCCGAGACCCACGGACUCCGCCAGCGACAGCAGCGACUCUGAUUCUGACUGGGACUCGAGCUCAGACCUGUCGGCCCGCCGGCACCGGCGCUUCGAGCGCACGCUCAACACCAACAUCUUCACAUCGGCGGAGGAGCUGGAGCGAGCGCAGCGGCUGGAGGAGAGAGAGCGGAUCAUACGGGAAAUCUGGAUGAACGGACAGCCCGACGUCCCGGGAACGCGUAGCUUGAAUCGCUACUAUUAGAUCGGACACAUCCAGAUGUGAAGCUUCUACCGGGAGUUUUCUGAACGCUAAAGUGUUUGCCACGUGUGGCAUUAAACUACACAUUUCCUUUGCAGUGGAAAUAAGCUCUUGGUUGAGGCGUGAUUUAUCCGUAACCUUCGCUAUGCAGAGGUGAAAGGUCAAAUGCUGCGUUCCCUACAGUCGCAUGUGGAAAUAUUCCUACUUGAUGUCCAACAUCUCGCAGUUUUGAAUUUACCCAAGUUGGAAGUGUCGUUCCGCUGAACUUCCCAGUAGGAAGUUGGACAUUCCAGUUUUUAGUGCAGCUGAAGCUAAGGCUCAUGGGAGAUGUAGUUCACUUGAGUCUGAGAGGUGUGAUAAGCUCUAAGCACUGUGAUUGGUCCUUCACUCUGCCUGUCAAACAGUGAGGACCGCCUUCUGUGCGGAGAGGCGUCAACAAAUUAAGUGCCUUACAGUUUGAUCUGACAAAAUACACAUACAGUGGGACUAAAAUGUAUUUGGACACUUACACAUAUCUGAAUGUCAUUGCAUUAGCAGACAAAUAUAACAAACCAGGCUGCAUUUCCAAACAAAUGAUGCUAGAGCUUCAAUUUUCUGCAUCACAACAAGUGUCACAAUGCAUUGUUCGGUAACACUUUAAAAAAAGGUUCCAUUUGUUAACAUGAACUAACAAUGAAAUAUAUUUUAAGGUAUUUAUUCAUCUCAGUUAAUGUUAAUUUCGACAUUUACUAAUAGAUUAUUAAAAUAAUUGAAUGAAAACUGUAUUUUAUUUAAU